GCGCCGGCGGAGGCGGCGGGUCCUGUGCUGGCCAUGGCGCUGAGCAGGAGGGAAGUCUUCAUAGCGAAAGUACUGAAGAAGCUCUUUCCUGCUGUUCCCUCCACUUCUUCCCAUAGCCGUGUUCCAAGUGAGGAACAAAAGACAGCUCUAAGGAAUCCAGCCUCCGACACAGGACAGAGGGAUUCUAAGAGUAUCCAGUCAUCAUCAGAGCAUGCCAAUACACCAGGUGAUGAUAAUGAGAUCCUUCCUCCAAGAAAGCUAUACACAGUGAGUCUGCCUCCUGAGGGCUACAUCCAAGUUAGUCCAAACACUAUUAAUGACCCAGAUUCUGAAAGCUCUAAGAGUAAUGAAGAUACAGCAGAGGAGGAUUAUCAAGGACAACCCAAACGAAAGCGCACUCGAAGUAAGAAACAAAAGAACACUUUGCAAAACCCUGGUAAUUUAUAUGGAGAACAAACAGAAUUGAAGAAGCAUGGGACUCUGUUUCAAGAUAAUUUACAGCUGCAGCAGACAGACAGCCCCAGAAUAAGCAAAAACAAAAAAAGGAAAAUGAAAAAGAAACGGCAAAAAGAAAAAAUGAGAGCAGGUGGCUUACUAACAAAAACUACUUGCGUGGAUUUUACAUACCAGCCUGACAAAAGCAACAGUGAUGGAGGAGUAGACUUUGAAGACAUAGAUGAAAAAGCAGAUGGUAUUCUGGACUUCUUGCAGGCAACGAGAGAAAUAUAUUUCACUGACACUAAAUCAAAACAUACAGAUUCGGAUGUGAGUCCAGCAACCAUUGAAGAGAUUUUACAACACCUUGAAUCUCGCAGUAUGGCUUCCUCAGAUGUGAUGCUUCUACAUCAAAUGAAAUCCCUUGUACUUUUGCAAGAUAUUGAGAGAUUGAAAGGUGCUUUGGAACAGAUCCAAGAACAUUCAGUGAUGCCUCCUGAACAUGCCAGGAUAAUCUCUUCUCUGUUUCACUACUGGAUUACAGAUAUUCUUCCUGCAAAGAACCAGAAAUAAAGCAUGUGUGUGUAACCAUCUGUGCAGAGUUAAAUUGUAAUAUACGAGCCCUUAGUUGGUCAACAAAUGUUCAGAAAUGCCAGGGUCAGUAUGCACACUGUAUGUUCACCAAGGUAAAUAAGCUAUUUUAUAUAUCAUUGACUAGUUCCAAAAGAUAAUCACUACAAUAAAAAUACUUUCAGUGUGAUAUUUGAUUGGUAGGAAACAUUUCAGGUGCAUGUGCCAGCCAAAUAAUUUAAUAUAACAUGAUCCAGGGUGUAGCAGGACUGAGCCCCAGGGGUGGCUGUGAUGCCCCCUGGUGGUCACACAGCUACAGCACUCAUUCUGGCUCUCUUCCUUCUCCCUUGUCUGCCAUGCCUUAAUGUAAUGAGUUAAUUUGUGGAAAAGGAAGCUACCCUUAGGCCCAUGAGUGUGUCCUCUGUGCCAGCAAAUCCUUCCCAGACCCCAUGGGUCUCAAACCCACCUUCAGGUGUUAGGUAGGCCUUCCUUGUCUGUCCAUGCUCCAGUGCACUAAUCCCCUUAAGGACUCAUUUCUUGGUCUCUGACCUUCCCUAUAGCCAAGCCCAUGCCUCACAGGUGUUACUGCUAAGUCACUUUCCCUUGUUGAGCCCUCAGCCUGUCUGGCCUCUGUCCUUUUCACUCUCACUAAGCAUUUUACCCUAGGUCCAUUGUGCCAAACCUGACUCCUCGGCAUCAGCCCAUAUCUCAUCCCUUAUGACUCCUGCUCUAGUCUGGGCCCUCAAGGCUGUAAGCCCCUGAACUUGGUCCCACUCCUCUAGGGCUCUAAUUUUACUCUGACCCCCUGUUUCCACCUUGGUCUGGCAUGGGGCUUUCUGGCCCUGUCUCUACCCUUUUCAGACACUGGAAUUCCCAGCCCUGACUCUGACCUGCUCAGGCACUGGUCAUUAGCUCCCCUGGCUUCAGACCACUACUAUUACUUGGCUUUGGCCCUCUUGGCCACUGCCUGCUGGCCCCUGGCAGGGGCUGAGCUACAGUCACAUGCCCCAUGGGCACAAAUGGGACCUUCAACCUCCCCUGCUAGCCCCAGUCCAACCUGCUGGUAUAAACUGCAACAAAAGAGUAAGCCCAUUGGCUACAAUAUAAAACUAUCCCUGGACUGAGUUCAAACUUAAACCCCCAGCUCACUGGCUUCCCCUUACCUGGACUGUAUUCCCCUUUAAGCCCUCAGCCUUACUGGUAAUUCCAGGCAGCUCACCUGUCACCCAGAUAUUCCUCUGAAGCCUUCCUGAAUCAGAGUUCUUUCCCCUGCUGCCUGCAGAGCCAGACUGAUUGCCUGGGCUUAGGCUGCCUUAGUGAGUUGGCUCCCUCAGUGGUUUCUAAUUAGAACAUGAUGGCUAGCUCUCAGAGCAGUUUGCAACUGCUGCUUUGGCUGCUUUAGCAGUGACCUUGUCAUCCCUCCAGAGCUCUGCCCUAUAGUACUAUUGCACUACAGCUAGCACUGCAAUAGGCACCCUGCUGCUGUACCCAUAGCUGCCCUACAGCCCUGUUGCAGAGUAUUUAGUUCUGCCAUAGGCACUUAUAGGCUAUUAAUCCCUGUUGGUUUGUUCUCCUGCCACCUGUAAUGAGCAGCCUUCCCCACCUGGGGAUCUUCCUGCUGCUGUUCGUCCCUUAAAGUACUUGGGAGCCCCCAGCUCCGUGUUACACAGGGACUAAGGUGCACCUUAAAUCUGCAGUUGGAGCCAUGCGGACAGAAUCAUACAAAUGCAGCAUAUGGAAUUUAUGUGAGAUGACUAGGAGGUGCUGAAAGAUUUUGACUUUAAUAUAGUUCUUAAGUUAAAUGUUUGUUUGUAAUUUCCUUAUGGAAAGUGCAGUUUUUGACCUGCAUUAUUUACAUAUCAUGGAUUUUUAUAUUUUAAAUGAAAAUACAAAUAUCUUUGAAGUC